AUGGAACAGAGUAGGAAUUGCUAUUAUGAUAUCAAUAAGUGGUACCUCAUGUUAGUCGGUCAGUGGCCAUAUCAAAAGUUGAAAGAGAGCUUGUUUUUCUUGACUGUUAUACUCCUUCUCGAUGCCAGUGCACUCGUUACGCAGAUAGCAAAAUUUGGCACAUGCGAUAACGCGCAGUGCAUUUAUGAAACUUUACCUCCGCAUAUGGUGACAGUGAUGAUUCUGGUGAAAAUUUUCACGUAUCAGUUUAACUGCCGAAAAGUACGUUUUAUUAAUGUGAAUGGUAUUUUAAUCGUGAGCUGCAGAUAUUGCUUCGUUGCAAGAUUUUAG